UAAUGUUAUUUCGGUAGUUUUUGUAACUCACAAUGUAGGCCAACUCAGCCGCUUCAAUAUAGUAUUCUUGUGUGAUGCUCAUGAGCCUUGUUCGCCUUUCAUCUUAACUUGUAUAAUUCAUGUUCUGCACAGGCAGGUACAUACACAUGUCCUGAGAUGGGGAAUGCUGAAAGUGUCGUUGUGCAGAAACGGCUGGCGCGGUUUGGACCCGACGAACAACCCAUGGUGGAGGGGGUGUUCGACCGGCUCCUGUCAGGUUCUGCUGGUGCAGCUGGGGAAGAGAGCAAGGCCCUAACAGUCGACAUGGUGAAAGCAAGCAUGGGGAGCGUGGCAUCAGAUUCCAUGAUAAUGAGAGUCUAUGCAUGCAUGGCCAGCAUCGAUGCGGGGGUACCGAUGGUUCCCGGUGGGGGGGUAAGUCGGGAGCAGCUGGUGAUCUUCCUGGCAGACACCCUCUGUGGUACCGCAGAGGAGAGAGCACCCCUCGUCAUGGCAAUGGCACAGCGAAGCGGGAAAGGGGAUGUGGCUACUGUUGACCAGAUAAAACAGUUCCUGGAGGACCUGAUCUCAGCUGUACUGCAGACUCUGGCCCACAGGGGGCGCCUGCGAGGCUGGAAGCCAGAGCUCAUGGGAGACGGUGCCAGAGGGGUGAAGCUCCUGGCUGAACAGCUGAGUUCAGAGAUCAAAGUGUCAGACCAGCAGACAUGUGAUACCCCUUGUCUGGAGGACUGGAUCUUCCGCAUCUCCUCUGUGGCUGUCUACCUGGAGCUACUGGUGAGUGAGGGGCUGUUGGUGACGCUGCCCUCCAGGCCGCCCCCCACCCUGCUCCCCUUGUGCCGCGAGGACUCCUGGGGGAAGGCGGCGAGCCUGCUGGACCUGCCCCUGCUGCUCUUCCUGGCGCCCCUGCUGCCGGCUGGCCACAGCACCCCCUGGAGGCUGCUCUUCUCCACGCACCUGCACGGCGAGAGCUUCACCCGGAUGAUGAGCUGCAUCAAGGGUCACGGCCCCACCGUGCUGCUGCUGCGCGACACCAAAGGCCACGUGUUCGGCGGCUUCGCCUCCCACAGCUGGGAGAUCAGGCCCCAGUUUCAGGGAGACUCCAGGUGCUUCCUCUUCUCCGUAUUCCCCUGCAUGCGUGUGUACACCUGCAUCGGCUACAACCAGCAUUACAUGUAUCUGAACCAUGGACAACAGACCAUGCCCAACGGACUGGGCAUGGGAGGGCAGCAUGGCUACUUUGGGCUGUGGCUGGACAGUGAGUUUGGUCGUGGCCACAGCCGCGCUCGGCCGAAGUGUACCACAUAUGGUAGUCCCCAGCUCUCAGCCGAGGAGGACUUCAGCCUGGACGCUCUGGAGGUGUGGGCCGUCAGUGAGCCCCCACAACAGGAACAGGACGAGAACAAGAGGAGUGUUUUAGAUGCGGACCCAGAAGUGCAGGCCAUGAUGGAGCUGGCCGGGAAGACGUUACACAGCCAGGGCCUGAGAGAGCCAGAGGAGGACGAGCAGUAGUGGUGGAGGGGAAGAUGGAGGAAGAAGAGGAGAGUAGAUGCACCCAUGUGAAGGUGUUGCUAUGGGAGAAUAAGACACAGACGUCAUUCAGAGAGACACAGAGUUAAAUAAUGCAGAUGAAUAUUACCUCAAUUUCACAUUUUUUGUGUGUAUUAUUCUGUUGUAAAUUUGAAUACAUCUUGAACCAGCAGGAGCGGCUUUUGUUUGUCUGGAGAUGUCCAGGACAAUCUCAUUCAAAAUGUAUUGAAUGGUUAAAGUUUGUUAAUGUGUGGAGAUGUUAUGUUUCCUAUGAAAGACCUUGUUAACAAGGAAACUGAUUUUGAAAUUAGGACUUAGUUUUGGACACUCUCCAAAACAUUAUUUGGUCUGGUUGUGAGUAGAAUUUGGCGUUAGUUCAUUUACUGAACGUUAUGGCUGAACUGAAUAAAGAAUAACAAUGA